AUGAAAGUCAAGCCAGAGAACAAGCAAGAGAAUCCGCCAAGAAAGAAUGGAUUUCACUGUCCUUUAGAUCCAAAACAAGUCUCAUUAUGGAUCGUUUUCUUUAUCUUCGUCACUUACACCUUUAUUCUUGUCAUUCCUGUAUUUAAUCUCUGGUACAUUCCCUUCUCCUUCGAGGCUCUUGCUGUAAUAUGCUUUGUAUUCUUCACCCUGCGCACAACAUGGAUCGACCCAGCCGAUUUCAGCGUCCGUUACCAGUCGGGCGACCGGCCACAGUUCAAAAAGACGAAAGACAAUCCCCAUGUCAUCAGGAAUCUGUAUUGCCAAAUUUGUAAAAUUAAUGUAGACAAUCGCACAAAACACUGUAGAAACUGUAAUAAAUGUAUAUCUGUCUUUGAUCAUCAUUGCGAUUGGCUGAAUACCUGCGUUGGGGUUAGAAAUUAUCGAUAUUUCAUUGCCACACUGAUAUCAGCUCAAGUGAUGCUCUUUCUCACCUUUCUAUUAAAUUUAUUGGCGGUGGUCGGGCUUUCCGUUGAAUCGAGACCGAUGCUGGUAGACUCUCAUCCGAUUUUAACCGGCACAGAGCUUGGUGUCCUCAUCACUUCUUCAAUUAUCUGCGUAUUGAUACUCGUCAUGCUCUUUUUUGUCGGCCAGCUGUUUGUAUUCCAUUUGAAACUAAUCAAAAACGACCAGACAACGUAUGACUACAUAAUCGCAAAAAGAAAGCUCAAAGAACAGCGAGAAAAAGAAGCGAAAGAAAACGCAGCUCAAAAAGCCCAGGACAAUCAAGCAUUCGAGGUCUGUUCCGAGCCAGGAGGCCUUCCUGAUGAAGAUGAGAUCAUGGACUCCUUUGAGGAGAAGAAGAAGCGUGUUAAAUCUGCAACGGAACGGGCUAAUUCUCAUUCUUUUGACCCACUUCAGACAGUAGCAACAAUCAGCGACGUUCGUAUGGACCACCCCGCUUCCGAAACGUAG